AUGGCAAGUGAUAUGUCCGAAACAUCAUCAAUGAAAUCUAACCAAAGCCCCAAAUCGGUGAAGUAUUGUCAUUGUGGGAGUUUGAUCAAAUCGAGGACUUCAUGGACGGACAUGAAUCUAGGAAGACGCUUUGAGGCUUGUGACAACAACCAGGAGACAUGUACAAAAGGGAAAAAUGUGGUGCUUGGUUUGCUUAGAAGAAUAAGAAUGAUGGAAACUGAAAUGAGGGAGAUAGAAGAGAGAAAAUAUGUUAUGGUCAACACACUUCAAUCCUUAGAAGCUCGAAACUUGGAAAUGGAAGGCAUAAUUGAAGAAAAUAAGGAGUUGGAUUAUGCAGUCAGAGACAACAGAAGGCUUAGACUUUUGCUGGAAGAUAAUAUGAUGAGGCAUCGACAAAGAGAAUGUAGGAUGAGUAUGGAUGCUUGUGUUUUAUUUAUGGCCAUUGUGAUGAUGAUGAUCAUGGUGUCGAACAUGUCUGGAAAAUAUAUGGGAGUAAGGGCAGUGAAAUCCAUUUUAGAGCUAAUGUAA